AUGGAGGCCAAGAAGGUCAUUGAGCAAGGCUGGCGAGGAGUCCUGGAUUUCACUGGAGACAAGAUAUGGAAGAUGCCAGAGUCUUCAGGUUUUCCCCAGAAAGCUGUCACCAGGUCCUUCCGCCCGGUUACUGUUGACGGUGGCAGGUCUCGCCCCUCAUUGGGUGACGCGAUCUUGGGGAAGCAACCAGCCCGGGACGCGCGAACUGGUGCCCGGCCCCUGCUCCCGGCCCGACCCACGCACCCGCGCGGCUGGAGGAGUUCCGGGUCUAACCGCGCGCUGUCCCCAGGCUCACACUCGCUGCGGUAUUUCACCACCGCCGUGCCCCGGCCCGACUUCGGGGAGCCCCGGUUCAUUACCAUCGGCUACGUGGACGACACGGAGUUCGUGCGCUUCGAUAGUGACGCGAAGAAUCCGAGGAUGGAAGCACGGGCGCGGUGGAUGGAGCGGGAGGGGUCCGAGUAUUGGGAGGAGCAGACCCAGAUAGUCAAUGGCCAAGAGCAGAUUUACCGAAUGAACCUGAGGACCCUGCUCUGCUACUACAACCAGAGCGAGGGCGGCUCUCACACAGUUCAGGAGGUGCAUGGCUGCGAGGUGGGGUCUGACUGGAGAUUAGUCCGCGGGUACUGGCAGUUCGCCUACGAUGGCCGCGAUUACAUCGCCCUGAACGAAGACCUGAAAACGUGGAAGGCCACGGACUCUGCAGCGCAGAUCACCCGACGCAAGUGGGAGCAGGCUGAUUUUGCAAAGUAUUACAAGAACUACGUGGAAAGGACCUGCGUGGGGUGGCUCGACAGAUACCUGGAGAACGGAAAGGAGACGCUGCUGCGCACAGGUGCAGUGGCCUCUGGCAACUCUUUCCUCUGCCCUCAGGUUGGGGCUCAUCCUGAGGAAGAGGAAACCAUCAGCUGGGCACAUGUGACCCUUCACCCCAGACUUGAAGGUGGUGUCACCCUGAGAUGCUGGGCCCUGGCCUUCUACCCUGCUGACAUCACCCUGACCUGGCAGUUGAAUGGGGAGGACCUGACCCAGGACAUGGAGCUUGUGGAGACCAGGCCUGCAGGGGAUGGAACCUUCCAGAAGUGA